CUUGAGGUGUGUCUAGGAUCUGUCCAGAACUAAUUGAAUUUUCACAUUUUAACCACCACUUUUUCCUCUUUCUUCACUUGUACAUAAAUUAACAACCACAAGCGGUAGUGAUCCACAGAUUGAAGACGCCGCAGCCAUCUAUUCAGUUAACGACCAUUUGAACCAUCUGAACUCUUUGACUUGUUUUAAUUGGUGAAUUUAAUGAACUCGGUGUAAAUUAAGUCACGUAGUACUGUAAUUGUUGUUGGAUUCAGUGUGUAUCUCAACGAUGUCUUCUACUGUUAAAUCUAUUAUGCAAGCAGUAGCCCCACCUGGAACUGAAUCGCGUUCGCGAACUAAGGUUACUGUUGUUGGUGUUGGAGCAGUUGGGAUGGCAGCAGCUUUUUCUUUGAUGAACGUAGCAGGAGAAAUUGCACUCAUCGAUGUGGUCGCAGAUAAAGUAAAAGGCGAGGUUUUAGAUCUUCAACAUGGUCAACAAUUUCUAAGAAGGUGCAAAGUCAGUGGUGGCACUGAUUACAAAUACUCUGAGAAUUCAGAUAUUGUUGUAAUCACUGCUGGUGCAAGACAAAAUGAAGGAGAAUCAAGGUUAAAUUUGGUUCAACGCAACGUAGAAAUAUACAAGUUUAUCAUCCCACAAGUUGUCAAGUAUAGUCCAGACUGUAUACUUAUUAUUGUUUCGAAUCCUGUUGAUGUCUUAACAUAUGUUGCUCAUAAGUUGAGUGGAUUUCCAGCUCACAGGGUGAUAGGAACUGGGACCAUGCUUGAUUCAGCUCGGUUUAGAUUUCUUUUGGGGAGAAAACUUGGGGUUUCUGCAAAUUCUGUUCAUGGAUAUGUAGUUGGAGAACAUGGUGAUUCCAGUGUACCUGUCUGGAGUAAUGUUAAUGUUGGUGGGUUCGCUUAGCCUCUUUGAAUCCAGCCGUCGGUACAGAAGGUGAUCCUGAAAAUUUUGGAGAGAUACACAAGCAAGUUGUCCAAAGUGCUUAUGAUAUUAUCCGUCUGAAAGGUUACACGUCAUGGGCUAUAGGACUCACCUGUCAGUCACUCUGCAACGCAAUUUUGAAUAAUCUUCAUAUGGUCUAUCCGCUUUCUGUUCCGGUCAAAGGUGUUCAUGGGAUAGCAGAAGACAUCUACCUGAGCUUGCCGUGUUUGGUGACUUCAGUGGGAAUAAGCCAUGUUAUUCUACAGGAACUCAGUGCUAAUGAGUUGGCUAAGCUCAAACAUAGUGCCUCCACUCUGAAUGAAGUAAUAAAGGGGAUUAAAUGGUAAGAUUAUUGACUAUCAUAUUUGCAACAAAGGGUGUCAGUAUGCUGAGUGAAAGUUGUCUAUUCGAAUAAACAGUCUAACUCAUUUUUAUUUCCGUUACAUGUCCCUUAGUAACUUAUUUCUGAAGCAUCAAAAAAGUAAUUAGUUUUGCUUACCUUUCAUUCCUAUUUGUUUUCGAAUUCUUGCUGUGAAAUCUAUAGUUGAGUGUAAUGUGUUUUGUUUCUUUGAAAACCGCAGUAGAUUCUAUAGUAAAGCUGUUAUUUUGACUUGUUUUUUUAAAUACGUUAUGAAUGUAGUAGUAUAUCAUAUACUGC